GCGGCGGCGGAGCGCAGGCCUCGUGCCGUAACGGCCAUCUCCGUGGCCGCGGCGGCGUCUUGGUGUCCUCCUCAGGUGACUGGAGCCGCCCGGGCUCGGCACAAGGAAGUGCUGAAAAAUGGCAGAAGAAGUAGUGGUUGUAGCCAAAUUUGAUUAUGUGGCCCAACAAGAACAAGAGCUGGACAUCAAGAAGAAUGAGAGAUUAUGGCUUCUGGAUGAUUCUAAGUCCUGGUGGCGAGUUCGAAAUUCCAUGAAUAAAACAGGUUUUGUCCCUUCUAACUAUGUAGAAAGGAAAAACAGUGCUCGGAAAGCAUCUAUUGUGAAAAACCUGAAGGAUACCUUAGGCAUUGGAAAAGUGAAAAGGAAACCUAGUGUGCCAGACACUGCAUCUCCGGCUGAUGAUAGCUUUGUUGACCCAGGAGAACGUCUCUAUGACCUCAACAUGCCUGCCUAUGUGAAGUUUAACUACAUGGCUGAGAGAGAGGAUGAACUGUCACUGAUAAAAGGGACGAAGGUGAUCGUCAUGGAGAAAUGCAGUGAUGGGUGGUGGCGUGGCAGCUACAAUGGACAAAUUGGAUGGUUCCCUUCAAACUAUGUAACUGAGGAAGGUGAUAGUCCUUUGGGUGACCAUGUGGGUUCUCUUUCAGAGAAAUUAGCAGCAGUUGUCAAUAAUCUAAAUACUGGGCAAGUGUUGCAUGUGGUACAAGCUCUUUAUCCAUUCAGCUCGUCCAACGAUGAAGAACUCAAUUUUGAGAAAGGUGAUAUAAUGGAUGUUAUUGAAAAGCCAGAAAAUGAUCCAGAGUGGUGGAAAUGCAGGAAGAUCAAUGGAAUGGUUGGUCUGGUGCCAAAAAACUAUGUUACCAUUAUGCAGAAUAACCCAAUAACCUCAGGCUUGGAACCAUCACCUCCCCAGUGUGAUUACAUCCGGCCUGCGCUCACUGGAAAGUUUGCUGGCAAUCCGUGGUAUUACGGCAAAGUCACCAGGCAUCAAGCAGAAAUGGCAUUAAAUGAAAGAGGGCAUGAAGGAGAUUUUCUCAUUCGUGAUAGUGAAUCUUCGCCAAAUGAUUUCUCAGUAUCACUAAAAGCACAAGGGAAAAACAAACAUUUUAAAGUCCAACUGAAAGAGACUGUCUACUGCAUUGGGCAGCGUAAAUUCAGCACCAUGGAAGAACUUGUAGAACAUUACAAAAAGGCACCAAUUUUUACAAGUGAUCAAGGAGAAAAGUUGUAUCUUGUCAAACAUUUGUCAUGAUACUGCUGAUCAGAAGUGACUGCUGUACAGCUUUAAUUUGUCAUGCAAUUGAAGACUGAGAAAAUGUUGGCUCGAUUGUGCUCAAUUGGAAAUUGCUGUUUCUAACUGUGUGAGAACUGACUAUAAUACAUAAGUAUUUUUACUAUAACUAAGCCCAUGCAUAUCAACUACAUAUGCAGUGCACCUGCAUAGAACAGUUCUUUAUCCUUGGUCUUCUGUUUUACUGUUCUCUUCUUUGCUGUUUUUCUCUUUAUGUCUAAUACUAAGGUUUUGUAUUUUGGAAAAAAAAAAAAAAGUAAAUACUGCAGAUCAGAAGUCUUUAUAUGGGAGAAUUCCUUUAUUUCCUUGUAAAGGCACCCUAUUAGUUCUGCCAUGGUUUCUCGUCAGAUCAGGUUAUAGCUAUCUAUGGCAUAUGCUAAAAUAAAUUUCUUGGAGAGCGUUAAUCUUUUCUGUGACUACAUAGCAAUAAUAAAUGGGAAAUUAGAAAUUA